CCCACCCCACUCCCCCAGUGCACCGCAGUUCACUGCACUCUCCUCUACAAGCGGAUCACCGGAGAAGAGAUCGAUCGGUAGCCGUAGCACGGCACGGUGGUUGAUCGGCGGCGGCCAUGGCCGGAGCGGAGUGGUCGCCGUUCGACGGGGACGCCGCCUUCGCGGAGUACUCGUCGGCGGUGCUGGCCGAGCUCGGCGGGUGGGCGGCGCCGGGCGAGGAAGGCGGCGCGGGGAUGAUGGUACCGGCGGCGCUGGAUCUGCCGGUGGAUGUGGUGGGGGCGGCGGCGCGGGAGGAGGAGGAGGAGGAGGAGGAGGCGCCGGCGAGAUCGGGCGACGGCGCCGCCGCCGCCGCGUCGUCGAGCUCUAGCGGGGAGCCCGCCGCCCCCGACAAGCGACCGGCCGCCGCCGAGGCAGCGCCGGCGGCGGCGGCGACGGCGACGGCGACGGCGAAGAAGGGGCAGAAGAGGGCGAGGCAGCCGCGGUUCGCGUUCAUGACCAAGAGCGAGAUUGACCACCUCGAGGAUGGCUACAGGUGGAGGAAGUAUGGGCAAAAGGCGGUCAAGAACAGCCCAUUCCCAAGGAGCUACUACAGGUGCACCAACAGCAAGUGCACUGUGAAGAAGCGCGUGGAGCGGUCUUCCGACGACCCUUCCGUCGUGAUCACCACCUACGAGGGCCAGCACUGCCACCACACCGCCUCCUUCCAGCGCGGCGUCGGCGGCGCCGCCGUCGCGGCGCACAUCCACGGCGCGGCGGCCGUCGCCCUCGCCGAGCAAAUGUCGGCGUUCGUCUCGCCGCCGCCACAGCCGCAUAUGCUGUACGGUUUACCCCGGUUGCACCCGCCGUCCUCCGAGACCGCCGUCAGCUGCUCGAUGCCGACGACGACGUCUUUGCAGGAGCUGAACAAUAGCGAGGGGCUACAACGCCCUGGCUAUAAUAAUAGCCCCCAGGCGGCGGUGACCAUCGCGCAGCGGCCGCCGUCGCCGUCGGUGCCUCCGGCUGUUUCGUUUGACAAGGGGCUACUUGAUGAUAUUGUGCCUCCUGGAGUUAGACUUGGAUGACAAUACUCAAAUAUACAUGCAUGGUAAGUUGACUUAUCUCCCUACACUAGAUAUUUGAAGUGUCAUCUCAUCUCUUGGCAUGGAGGCAGCUGGCAGGAAGGCAAAUCACGCAGCUAGGGUUCUUUGAUUAGCUCCUGCUGAAAUCCACCGUCUCAGUCAUUACCUACCAAUUAAUGGCUUGGAAAUUAGGAGUAUAUAUUAAUUAAGCUUAUUGCAACGAUGGAGAGCUGACUUACAAGUGAUUGCAAACCUCAUUGGUCAGCCGGUGGAGUAUUUUUCAUGGCAAACUUUUAUGUGCCCGAUUAACCGUAGUCUGUGUAUGCAGUUGGCAGCACUAGGCAUUCCCUGACUGUAUCUUCUUGGCAGAAGAAUCUCUACCUAUGUUAACUACUUCUGCAUUAUAAUGUGUAUGUAGGUUGGUGUAGAUAUAUACUACUAGCUAUAUCUAUGUACACUUAUGCUAAAUUAAUGUUGUGCUGUAGUAUAAUGACAACCAUUCAACCUUUUGUUCUUUAUUCCAAGUGACUUCAACUGAGAUCAAUUUUGGAGUUUUUAA